AUGGAGGGCAGCUUUGACACCGAGGAGAGUUUUGACGACCCUUCGUGUCUCGCUCCACAGCCGCCCGGAUCUGUGUCGCCCGCCCGCAGGCGAGUCCAUGAAGUGAAGGAGACCAAGACCACGAUCAACGGCGUGACGUUCCCGCUUCCCGGAGAAGGGCCUGAGCAGCAGUUGCUCAAACCCAACGAAUGGAGCUACUGCGAUUACUUCUGGACGGACAAGAAGGACCCUCAGGGGGGCACGUCGGUGGGGGGCUUCGAGGUGCUGCUGCAGAAGCAACUGAAGGGCAAACAGAUGCAGAAGGAGAUGGCCGAGUUUGUCCACGAGAGGAUCAAGAUUGAGGAGGAGUACGCCAAGAACUUGUCCAAAUUGUCCCUCAGCACUCUAGCGGCGCAGGAAGAAGGAACUCUGGGAGAGGCUUGGACUCAACUAAAAAAAAGUCUACACGACGAGGCUGAAGUCCACCUGAAGUUCUCCAACAAGCUUCACUCAGAGGUUGAGAAACCUCUACUGACGUUCAGAGCAGACAACUUCAAGAAGGACCUGAAGAAGUACGACCAUCACAUCGCAGACCUCAGGAAACAACUCGCCAGCCGAUACAUCGGCGUCGAGAAGGCCCGGAAAGCUUUGGCUGAGCGUCAGAAGGAUCUGGACGUCAAGACGCAGCAGCUGGAAAUCAAACUCAGUAACAAGACAGAAGAAGACAUCAAGAAGGCUCGCAGGAAAUCCACACAAGCAGGAGAUGACCUUAUGCGCUGCAUUGACCUUUACAACCAGGCUCAGUCCAAGUGGUUUGAAGAGAUGGUAACCACCAGCAUGGUGCUGGAGAAGCUGGAGGUGGAUCGCAUCGAGUGGAUCCAGCAACACCUGCGGCAGUACACGACGUUGAGGCACGAGACGGACAUGUUCAACCAGGGCACGGUGGAGCCGGUCGACCAGCUACUGCAGAAGGUCGACCCGGCUAAGGACCGAGAGCUUUGGGUCCAAGACAACAAGACAGGCCACGUCAGGCCCGUGGACUUGGAUAUCUGAUGUAUAGAGAGAACCAGAACAAGCAUGUUCCUACUUCAUGUGAACCCUGCUCGCUUCUUCUUCUAUCCUACUUCUGUUGUUGUGACGAAAGUUUUAGUGUCUUGUUUAAAAAAAAAAGAAAUAAAGUCUUGAUAUGAUUCUCUUUUAUUUUUGGUUACCAAGAGGAACUUGUGAUGGAAUAUUUUACCAUUUUCAAAGAUGGACACGCAUGCUUCAAAACCCUGGAUGGGAGACGGGAAAACGUAGGAAGGCGUCACACUGGAAAACCUUCUUGUGCCUCAAGUGUUUGUAAGGAAGCUGGGAGACCACAUGAACCGGUUUAGUUUUUAUGUUGGGCUCGCAAGUUGUAAAACCUGUGCACCACGUCUUGAGCCAUACAGACAAGCAAGAAUCCAAGGCGCUUGUCUGACUCGGCAACAUGCGCAUGCGUCAUUCUUAAAAGCUGUGCGUGCGACAAAGUCGUGCAUAAGAUAUACAUAAAGCGCAGGUACGAAUGGUACGGGUGUCACUAACUUUUACGUACGUGAGAUUCGACAAAGCCACAGGUGCGACUUAAUAAUUGGUGUGUGCAAAAUACGUAACGAGCAGGAAUGACUUUCUAAAUUAUGUGUGUCAAGUGCGCAAGAUGAACGUCCGAGUUGCGCACAUGACAUUUAUCUCACAAGUGAGAGAUUCAUUUCAUCAUAAAAAUAAAUCAAUAAAAUGAAACACUCAUGUGGUCUUUUCCAGGCUCCAUAGUUCGCUAACAUUUUCAACUGUCUUAUUUUUGCUAUGUAUACUGUCCGGUGCCACACCCUAGCAGAUUCUUAACUUUAAAUGCAUGUGUAGUCUGCGUGUAUGUGUGUUUGUGUGUGUGUGUGUGUCUGUGUGUACAUUUUGGUUUGUGUGUUUUAUUUGGAUGCUAUAUUCCGCUCAAUCCAUUUCAUGGUCCUUUCUGAUCACUUGUUGUGUUUUGUUUGUUUUGUUGUUGUGUAUUCAGUGUCUCAAAACUGUUUCCCACCCUUGUGUGCUCGCCAUCUCAUCUUUUUAGGAAUGUUUUUUGUGAGCACACUGUGGAAUGCUUCCUGUCAUAUUAAUAAUAAUUAAAAAGAAUAAUAAAGCACCUCUU